AUGGGCUACAAACACUCCACUGAGUUCGAGUCUGGAGCUGUGAGUGGUACAUCAAGGGACUGUGGGUUCUCUUACAACAUGAUUGAUUUAUAUCCCCAAUCAACUUCUACACCAACUGGCAUGAGAGAGGAUAUCGUGCUAGCAUCAUGGUUGAUCGUGCUCUUACGCACGCGAGAAGGCGAAUGUGUCUCGUUUGACUGGACAUAUCACAGUUCUUCAGACGAGCUGGAGGAGCCAAUCAAGCAUAUCUCCAUGGACAAAGUCACGGAAGGUCUGCAGGACUCGAUCGAUAAUGUUGUCAGGACUAUCUCGGACCAGAUCUCAAUAGCAGAAUCAAUCAAAGAGACUGCCAGACUGGAGCCUGUCUCGCUACUGCUGAGCACCAACAUCCUAUCACAGCAGUCCGGGGACUCAACAGUGCGUGCAAGACACAGAGUGCAGUAA